UCUCUGGGAGGAUUUGUUUAGCUCACCGGAUCACUGGGUCGAUUGCAGGGCUGACAAGAAAACGAGACAAUUCCCAGACUUCAAAAGGGAGAAAGAUGGCAAGGCGCUGUGGAUUAAUAACGAAGAAACUCCUGCAUGGGUUGAGGAGCGGCUGAAUGAGGAAGGCAACCUAUGGAAACCUCCUUCUUCCAAGGAUGACUUAUGGCAAGACUUGAUUGACCCUCCACAUGAAUGGGAAGACUUUCGAACAAAGAAGCGUAACCCCAGAUUUCCUGACUUCAAGCGCAAAGAAGAUGGGAUGUCGCUCUGGUUUGACAGCUACGACACUCCAGAUUGGGUUGGGACCAAGUUGAUGGAAAUGGAAGACAAGUUGGCCACUUCAUCCUCUUCAACUCGAGCAAGUUCCGCGAAAGAGCACUUAUGGCAAGGCUUGAUCGACUCUCCACAUGAAUGGGAAGACUUUCGAACCAAGAAGCGUAACCCCAGAUUUCCUGACUUCAAGCGCAAAGAAGAUGGGAUGUCGCUCUGGUUUGACAGCCACGACACUCCAGAUUGGGUUGCGACCAAGUUGAUGGAAAUGGAAGACAAAUUGGCCACUUCGUCCUCCUCAACUCGAGCAAGUUCCGCAAAAGAGCACUUAUGGCAAGACUUGAUCGACUCUCCACAUGAAUGGGAAGACUUUCGAACCAAGAAGCGUAACCCCAGAUUUCCUGACUUCAAGCGCAAAGAAGAUGGGAUGUCGCUCUGGUUUGACAGCCACGACACUCCAGAUUGGGUUGCGACCAAGUUGAUGGAAAUGGAAGACAAAUUGGCCACUUCAUCCUCCUCAACUCGAGCAAGUUCCGCAAAAGAGCACUUAUGGCAAGACUUGAUCGACUCUCCACAUGAAUGGGAAGACUUUCGAACAAAGAAGCGUAGCCCCAGAUUUCCUGACUUCAGGCACAAAGAAGAUGAGAUGCCGCUCUGGUUAGACAGCUACGACACUCCAGAUUGGGUUGCGACCAAGUUGAUGGAAAUGGAAGACAAGUUGGCCACUUCAUCCUCUUCAACUCGAGCAAGUUCCGCAAAAGAGCACUUAUGGCAAGACUUGAUCGACUCUCCACAUGAAUGGGAAGACUUUCGAACCAAGAAGCGUAACCCCAGAUUUCCUGACUUCAAGCGCAAAGAAGAUGGGAUGCCGCUCUGGUUUGACAGCUACGACACUCCAGAUUGGGUUGCGACCAAGUUGAUGGAAAUUGAAGACAAAUUGGCCACUUCAUCCUCUUCAACUCGAGCAAGUUCCGCAAAAGAGCACUUAUGGCAAGACUUGAUCGACUCUCCACAUGAAUGGGAAGACUUUCGAACCAAGAAGCGUAACCCCAGAUUUCCUGACUUCAAGCGCAAAGAAGAUGGGAUGUCGCUCUGGUUUGACAGCCACGACACUCCAGAUUGGGUUGCGACCAAGUUGAUGGAAAUGGAAGACAAAUUGGCCACUUCGUCCUCCUCAACUCGAGCAAGUUCCGCAAAAGAGCACUUAUGGCAAGACUUGAUCGACUCUCCACAUGAAUGGGAAGACUUUCGAACCAAGAAGCGUAACCCCAGAUUUCCUGACUUCAAGCGCAAAGAAGAUGGGAUGUCGCUCUGGUUUGACAGCCACGACACUCCAGAUUGGGUUGCGACCAAGUUGAUGGAAAUGGAAGACAAAUUGGCCACUUCAUCCUCCUCAACUCGAGCAAGUUCCGCAAAAGAGCACUUAUGGCAAGGCUUGAUCGACUCUCCACAUGAAUGGGAAGACUUUCGAACAAAGAAGCGUAGCCCCAGAUUUCCUGACUUCAGGCACAAAGAAGAUGAGAUGCCGCUCUGGUUAGACAGCUACGACACUCCAGAUUGGGUUGCGACCAAGUUGAUGGAAAUUGAAGACAAAUUGGCCACUCCAGAAUCUCACCUGCAGGAAUCCCAGGAGAAAGUUGGCGAUUCUGUGGAUCCUCUUCAGUCCCCUGAUUUCUCUCCGAAGUUGACCGAUCCCACUGAGAUCGAACGCUUGUGGAAAGAACUGUUGGGGCCAGACGAGUUGGGCGGUUUCCAUCCAGGCCACCCAGACUUCAUCAAGAGCGACACUCGCGAAGGUGCGCAUUUCAGGGGCUGCAUUAUCCAUGAUAUCCAUGCACGGGCCACUGCAAUGACCCCAGCAAUGGACAACCAAAAUGAUGAAAAGAUCGAACUUUGUGCAAGGCUCAUGGUGGAUUGGUAA